CUUAACAUGAGUUUUCUAAAGGUGACGUCACCAACAUAUCUGUCACAUGAUAAGAGGGGGCGUGUCCGGAAGCAGUUUCCGGAAACAUGGAGGCUGUUGUGGGCGAUGUGGUAGCUCCCGAAGACCUUUUAAAAUUUGAAAAGAAAUACAACAAUGAGCUGGUGAAGGGAGUCGUGUCCAAGGAAACAAAGUUUGAAUAUGCGUGGUGUCUGAUCAGGAGUAAAUACUCGGAGGACAUCAAGAAGGGAAUUGUGCUGUUGGAAGAGCUUGUUCAGAAAGCCAAAGAUGACUCCCGAGACUUCCUGUUCUACCUUGCAGUGGCCAAUUACAGACUCAAAGAAUAUGAGAAAGCCCUGAAGUACAUCCGAACUCUUCUCAGGAACGAGCCGGGGAACAAGCAGGCUCUGGACCUGGAGAAACUCAUCGACAAGGCCCUGAAGAAAGAUGGCUUGGUCGGCAUGGCCAUCGUCGGGGGGAUCGGCCUCGGCGUGGCCGGUUUAGCGGGACUCAUCGGCUUGGCUGUGUCGAAGGGAGCUGCUAAAUCCUAACCCAGACAUGGGACCACGUGUCUAUAUUUUGCUGGACUGACACACUGACCCCCCUUCCCCCGCAUAAAAAAAGAAAAAUCAUACUUAAAGGAGAAAGCUUAAGGAAAUAUAACACUUUGUUUUGAAGUGGAAUAUGUACUGAAACAUAUUAAAGGGUUUGAAUGAAACGAGUGAAUAACCUGUUUUCAUAUUUUAACAGGGUUGAGAUUCACCACAUUACUCUGCUGUCUAUUCACACACCACAGCAUGGCACUUUCUUUUUAUUUGUAUAAAUACAGCAGAAUAGUCGAGGUGCAGCUCAGUUUUAUGUAACUUCUUAGUUUGCACUUCAGUUUAAACUUCCUAAGUUGACAUUUACAUUUUGUUAAAAAAAAACAAAACCUUUAUGAAAGUGCUGUUGUGUAACUGAUUAUUUUUGCCAUGAAGAAAAGCAUUGUUAAGGAAAGUGUUUAGUGAUGUAAAAGAACGUGUAGCCAUUGAUGCCAAAAGCAACAGUGUGGUGUGUUUGCUGGUGAGGUAGCACCGACUCUGCCAUAAAGCUGGUAGGAAACUCUGAAGUCCAGCUGCUGCUGUGGAGGCGAUGAGGACAUGUUUGCAAUUAUUUUGACGUGAGGGUUCUUUUCAUUUGUUCUGACUACAACUUUAAAAUUGAAAUUAAUACCUUUUGUCAUGUAAAAUGCAUUUCCUGUCAUAGACCUGUGCUACAUUUAAUGGAUUAUGUUUUUCAUCUUGUUGAAUAAAAUGAUUUGCAGCUGA